AUGCUCAGAACGAUAAAACCGAAAAAUGCACGCUCCAAACGUGCCCUUGAGGCGCGACAACCGAAAGAAGUGGAGGACUCAAGGACUACCAUAUUUGUGAAGGGAACCCACACUGGACAAUUGCUCAAUAAUGUUAUGCGCGAUCUUAUGACGCUCAAACGACCUGACGCUAUCUCAUUCUCCAAGAAAAACGCCAUCCACCCAUUCGAAGACGCUACAAAGUCUACUGCCUCUCUCGAGUUUUGGGCUCAGAAGAAUGAUGCUUCCAUGUUUGUUAUUGGCCACUCUAGCAAAAAACGACCGCACGGCUUAACAUUUGUACGAAUGUUCGACUAUCGCGUUUUGGACAUGCUGGAGGUUGGAAUAGAAAACUGUGUUUCUAUGCCGGAGAUCAAGACACCUAAAUCCACCCCAGGCAACAAACCCUUGAUGCAUUUCGCCUCUGACCUGUUUGAUACCAACCCGCGGUUUACGCAAUUGAAGUCUAUGCUCAUUUCUUUGUUCAAUGGCGAAGUCAUCGACUCGAUUUGUCUUGCGGGGCUAGAGCACGUUAUCAGCGUCUCUCUUGGCCCUUCCCUCCCCGCCAACGACGAAUCUUCCCCACUUCCUACCGUCCACCUUAGGACAUAUACCACACGACUACUAGCAUCCGGAACCCGCACCCCACGGGUCGAACUCAUUUCCAUGGGCCCGUCUCUCGAUAUGAAGCUUCGACGACAUACCCCAGCAGACGCAGAACUUUUUAAAACAAGCCAUGCAGAAACCCAAACUGAAGAAGAAAGAGAUCUUUCCAAGCUGCAAACGCGCAAAAUGAAGGGCUUGAAUAUAGGAGUCUUGGUCUUGAACUCUCAUCUCGCGCAGCUCGACGCCGGUCUGCUUCCUGGGGAAAAGCUAGAAGGGUCGGGUAAAUCGCGCAAGAAUUUCUUGAGAAGCGCAGCCAGUUGA